AUGGCCGACUGCUCCGAUCCGAAGAUCGACGAAGCGUACCAGGACGUCCGCUCGGACAAGACGGAUACGAACUGGUGUCUCAUUGACUACGAGUCUGACCGCUCGGACAAGCUCGCGCUGACCUCGACCGGCUCUGGCGGGCUGGAGGAGCUGCGGGAGAAAUUGGACGAUUCCAAGGCUUCGUACGCGUACGUGCGCGUGCAGUACUCGAACGACAAGGAGUCCACCCGGGAGAAGUUCAUCCUCAUCGUCUGGAUCGGCCCCAACUGCAAGGUCAUGCGCAAGGCGAAGAUCUCGGUGCACUCGGCGGACGUCAAGUCCGUCUUCCGCGUGUUCUCGAUCGAAGUUCCUGCGAGGGAAAAGGACGACCUCAAGCAGGAGCCCAUCGUCGUCCGGCUACGGAAGGCGGGCGGCGCGAGCUACGACGGAGUCUAG